AUGCAUCUGGCGGGCAUCCUACCGGCCGCGUUGCUCGCCGUGUUUCAGUUCGUCCCUGCCAUCCGCCACAAGGCCAUCGUCGUCCACCGCAUCGGCGGGUACCUGGUCUUGCUGCUAUCGCUGGUCGGCGUGGCUGGCGUCUUUAUGAUUGCGAGGCAUGGGCUCGGCGACGGCCCGGACGUCCAGUCUGCGCGGGCCUGGCGGCCAUUGUGUCUGUGA